GGGGUAGCAAGUGAGAUUUCGAAAAAAAAAGGCAUUUCGAGUGCGUUUAAAUAGAGGCUGAACGGAACAUUACCCUCGCACCUGUUCGCCAAAGAGUCGCAGCCAACGCUUGUCAACAUUCACAUAAAUAGGACCUGCUCAGACGGGCUCCUCAUCGUGUUUCUUUAGCUCGGACAUUUUCACCUGUAGCGAACGAGCUGAAUUUUAUACUUUUACGACAUUGUAUCUGCACGAUAGCCAUCACCAACAGCUUUGCGCUUACAAGUCUGAGCCGGUUCGUCUCCCAUUUCACAUAAAGCUCAUGGCAACAUGUCGACAACAAGGACCUCGACUGUAACAGCCAUGGAACCAGUAUCCCCAAAAGCACACCUAAGCCUCUCUCCCAGCGACUUGUAUUUUACGCCCACCCGCUCGCAUGUGGGAGUCAUUGCCAGAAUCUCGCUUCAAAACAAUCACCCAUCCAAGCGGCCAGUAGGAUACAAAUUGAAGACGAAUGCACCGGCCAGAUAUUCUGUUAAACCUGUGUUGGGUGUAUUGGUGGCUGGAGCGACUGUGGAUGUCCUAGUUAGGACUGAAUCAGCUAUCCAUCCUGACGAUCGGUUCCUCCUACAAACCAUUUUCUUGACAGACGAAGAGUCCGUGGGGCUGGAUGCUGCCAAGUGGCGCACAUUAGAUCGCCGACGGAUGGCCGACACCUUUAUCGACUGCAAACCCGCCACCAGCCGUCCACGCGGCCUAUCUGCUGCAUCUACAUCCUCGUCAUCAUCGACGGGCACCUCUACCACAUUACGACCGUCACCCACAAAGAACCCAGUGGACGUCUCGGUACGAGUGACGCCGCUUGAUGUGGUUGUGUUUUCAUGUCUCUGCCUGGUGUUGGGAAUUUUGAUGCCUUACAGAAGUCUAGCACAUCUGGUAGAUUUGACGUUGGUGUGACAAGCAAACGUCGUGCUAUAGAGUGUGGGGAGGCUGCUUUCUUGUAUAUCCUUAAUUUUCUGUUAUAUAAUUUUAGAUAAUAUUUGACCCUAGAAUAAAACCUCUUAAUGUAUUGAUUUAAACAAACUGGGGAGUUUGAUGGGAGUUUAU